ACGUUCGAGAGCACGACAGUAGGUCGUGUUCGAGAGUACGUUCUAAGCCAACGCCUCCUAAAAGAUUGUCCAUAGUUUCAGAUUCUCGAAUUUCUCGCACGCUUCGCCAGGUGUCGAACAUGGUGGAUCGGAGGACGCUUAUCACUGGAGCUGCUGCAACAGUUGGAGCGGCAGCUGCUGUGGCAGCGGCACCUGUCGUACUUUCCGCAGUCGGAUUCGGCACAGUCGGUGUAUCAGCGGGCUCGACAGCUGCUGCUAUUCAAUCGACAAUGGGCGGCUUUAUUGCCAAGGGCAGCCUGUUCUCACUCUGCCAGAGCUGGGGUGCCGUGGGCCUGCCGGCCGCGGCUCAAGCUGUAACCGCAGUGGCCGGAGCUGGCCUUGGCGGCGGCACUGCUGCCAUAGGUACAUCAGCCCCGGUGCAAUAUGUGGCUGCCAAGACAGGAGCAUGCCUCAAGACAGCUGCCAACGUCACUACAGCAGCGGUUCCGGUAGUGUGGUCCGUCGCCUGCACAACGGGCACGUGUUUGGGCAGUGCCGCGGCAGCAGUGACGACGGGAGCAGUUGCCGUUCGGGACGCGUCUAGGCAUUGGAGGCACUGAUGCAGCUGCUGGCACACUUCGUAAGCCGCCAGCAGCAAUGCAGCUAUAGAGAAUCCAUGCCUCAUCAAAGCAUAUAUGCUUUUGGGACAUACUGUU